CCAGGAAACCCAAGAGGAAAUGACUGCGCCCGUCUCGCUCCCCGCCCGCCCGCGCGCCCCUGGCCACACCCUCCGCCUGGACGCCGCUCCGCCGCCGCCGCCACCGUCUGCCCGCCAGGCUGCCACUCGCUCUGGACCCGGCGCCGAUAUGCUGUCCGCCGGCCACCUGUGUCUCCUCACGGUCCUCGGCCUGAUUCUCCCCACCAGAGGUCAGAAGUUGGAGGAGACCACAUAUGCUUCUCCAGUGGACGCAGCAACUGGAAGCACUGAAGUCCUCACACAGGUCUCAGACCACCCGGAACUCCAGUCCACCCCUCAGACCUCCGUGGACCCUGCCCACGUCCCGCCUACUCCAAGCUUCGGACUCACUGACCCAAACCAAAGCAGCCUUGACCGUGAGAUACACACAGACACGACAGCAAGCCACGUGGAGACGCACACCCGGCACCCGACCGCAGCAGGUGCACUGGCGGUGACGGAUCCGGGGGCGCACGCCCGGGACCAGGAAGGCACCACGACACGCUCCGAGAAAUGGUCCCCAAGGAAGGACGUCAGGAUGAUGGACCCUCAGACCCCAAAGCCACCUGGUUCGAGUGAGGACGACCCCUUCUACUAUGACGAGGCCACUCUCCGGAAGCGGGGGCUCCUGGUUGCAGCCGUGCUGUUCAUCACCGGCAUUGUCAUCCUCACCAGUGGCAAGUGCCGGCAGUUGUCCCGGUUAUGCCGGAACCGCCCCAGGUGAGCUCAUCAGGACGGGGCUUGACGACAGGACGGGCACCCCGAGACCGAGCCCCCCACCACGCACCCUGCCCUGGAGGUCGGUUAGGAAGCCCAGCCUGAGAGGACAGGCAAUGAUGGACGGGGCCGGAGGGGCUGGCGACCCAGUGCCCCGCCCUCCCAAUGCUGCCCCACUCCCCAAGGUGUCCACUCUGCUCAGACUAAAAGUAAACACUGUGGAUCUUG